UUUAAUUGUAGUUUAGUCGAAAUGCAGGGACCAACGUUGUUUUGCUUUUUAACCCUCGCGUUGCCAGAGAUUUCAUACGCGAAAUGGGUUGAAGGCAGGAUUGACACUAAGGAGAACUGGGCGUUCCUCGCUCGCUUCUGUUUCCUGUCGUUUGAGGGACAAUUCGAGUACUUCAUAGAGUUUGACAGAGACCUGGGCACUCCCAACCUGCUACUCUACUAUGAUGAUGACUCACAAUGGCCAGCCGUCUACCACAGCGAGAAAAGUUGCAAAGCGCGAGAGGCUGUACUAAACAAGGGGGGACAGAACCAGAUGAUCAAGCUGUCUCACUGGUACCCAGACACGGAGUAUUCUGGGUGCGUUGUUACCAGAGCUGACAAGGAGCUUCCCGCUGCUAAAAGUACUACAACUACAAAAACGAAAUUACCGCCAAAACCAAAAAGCAAUUCUAACCCCAAUAACGCCGUCCCUGACCUGGGAUAUUAUGAUCAGUUCCUAAAAACAACAUCAAAGUCCUUCACAGAGACGAACUCUACUACAAAUGAUACUGAAUCGAAGACGACUUGGUACGAGCUACAAGCGACAGAUGAGUUUAGCACCACUGAAAUACCUGAUGAAGAGUUGUGGGAGAAUAUUGGUCCGUUGAAGAAUAGUACUGUGGAGAAUUUGAUGGAUGUGGAACUAUUGUUCGAUGGAAAUAAUACUGGGCAUAAAAUAAAGCGCUCGAUUGAGUUGUAUGAGCGCUUUCGUCGUCGCCGCUUGCAGUCCGAAACAGGCCUCAAUGAUGAGCAGACCACGAAGAUGGUGGUGUCCUGUCGGAACUCCAGGAGGUUCCGCUCCGCCAGGGAAAGGUGGUGGUUCAUUGCGAUCAGCAACUGUGAUAGCCCUAAGGGUCUGGAUGUCAGAUACAAGUUUCUGAUGACAAACGGCGCCGCUGACGACUUCUGGCACCAUCACUUCUCCGCUGAUGAGUUCUAUGUGCUCCCGAUAUUACUGACAUACACGUUCGCGUACUUACUAGUGAUGGUCGCAGUAGUGAUGUGCAGCGUCGAACUCCGCUCUCGGCAUUUGCUGCACUCGACAUACAAACUGUUUCUGAUAUCGAUAGUAGUACAACACUGUGGUGUGCUGAUGCAGGCGCUAGCUGGGAUACGAUAUGCAAGUAAUGGUGUUGGAGCGCCUUAUGCUAAAGUAUUUGGCCAGUUCUUCUGCGGUGUAUCCGAGAUGACUUUCUUACUUCUGCUGUUACUGAUGGCUAAGGGUUACACCAUCACCCGUGGUCGACUUAAGGCUGGCUUCACCGUCAAACUGACCGUGUUCAUGUGUUGUUACGUGGUCACUUACGUUGUACUGUUCAUCUACCAAGCUAAGGCGUUUGAUCCAGGUGAAGUGCUGUAUAUCUAUGAGAGUCCAGCUGGCUACGGACUGAUAGUGCUCCGGAUUGCUGGCUGGUGUGCCUUUGCUUACGCAACAUUUUUCACAGUCAAAAAGUACCCGGAAAAGAACAUGUUUUACUGUCCAUUCUUCAUCUGCGGCACGAUUUGGUUCUACGCUGGACCACUGUUCAUACUAACUGCCAACUCUUAUAUUGAUAAGUGGGUUCGUGAGAGUGUCGUAACUGCUGUACUGUUAUUUAUAACGUUGAGCGGGCACGUCAUGUUUCUAUUGCUGACAUUACCUGUGUUCGCGAACAAGAACUUUCCGUACCACGUGAGGACGACGCAAAUUGGUGUCAUGCAGGUAACCAGUCAUCCAGCGCUGGACAGCUUCGGAUCAAACGCAUAUUUUCCAACAAACGGCGCCCCGCAAACUGUUAUAAUACCACUCACAAGGCGCACUGAAGAAUUAAUAGGAAGUAUGUACCAAUACUUACCCAGUGCACCACUUUCAUUGGAAACUGAGCCGAAAUUAAAUGGCAACACUAAACAUGUUCGAUUACAAAAUGGAAAUAAACAAGAUAGUACAGAGUCGAGCAAAUCAGAUUCAGACAUCAACCCGCAUGUUCCAAAAGAAAUAUUUACAGUUGAAAGCCAAAUAACUAAGAACGAAAAUUCAAUACAAGAGGAUAGAAGUACUAACAGCGCGCAAGAAAUGACAAAUGACAGUUCAGACAAUGUGGCGAAUAGUGUACCGAUGUUGGGGGAUUUGCCGAACGUUAUGAGAUCUAAGCGAAAUAUAUUGGAGCCUAUUCGGAGAGAUGUUCCUACGUGGUCAUUAGCGAAAGGUCCAAGUAUUGUCGCUAUGCACAAGAAAAUUGAAGCUAAAGAAGAUCCAUCCCCGGUUCACACAAAACCUCCACCAGUCAGGUCCACAGCGGGAAUUAUCAGCACCAUUCACGAAGGACAGGAACAAGCAUACUCUAGAAAUACAGACCAUUUAUUCACAGUUUCCAAGCGAUGAUUGGAUGUCC